UAAUAUUAUUAGCACGAUGUAGAGAAGACAUCGUGAUUAUAAGCUAUGGGACAAACCCACCGAAUUUGUCAAAAUAUAGUCUCAAAACAAUUUAAACAUCGUUUAAAAUGUUCACAUUUACAACAUUAUUUUGUUUAUUUCGAAAGUCAAACCUAAAAUAUAAAAUCAAUAUGUCAUCCCCUCAAAAAUAUUAUCUAUCUUUUUUGUAAUGGGUAAUAUUAUUCACCCAUUAUUACUUAAAAACAUAGAAAAAAUGAUUCAGAGAGGGAAACAAAUAGUGCGCUGACAUCCUCUUAAACAAACGGUACAAUAGCAAUACUGCAAAAGUUGCUUACGUAUAAAGAAGGAGAAAUAUUUUUUAUUUGCCCAUCAUCUCUUGUUUAGCAAAAUCGUUGAUCUAAUCAUGGUGCAUAUUUUAUCCAAGGAACUGCCAUUAUGGGUGGAGAUAAACGUCUCAAUUGCCUUGCUCAGGAACAAUAUGGAAACAAUGCUUUGCACCUAGCUUCUAUGAACAAUCAACCAAAAGUAUUGGAAUACUUAUUAAAGACUGUCAAAACGUAUAAAAGUAACUUUCAGAAUAAAAUUAGACGUACUGCUUUAAAUAUUGCAGCCGCUCAAGGUGCAUAUGAGUGCAUUGAAGUUUUAUUGAACUAUUUUCACUGUGAUAUCAAUUCAACAGAUAAGAUUUUUCUCAAUAGUCCAUUGCAUUGGUGUGUUACAAGCAAAUGUAUCAAAGGUGUUAAGAAAUUAUUAGAUGUGGGAGCUGAUUUUACUUCUGUAAACAAAUUUGGUAAAACACCUUUACAACUUGCCAAAACAACAUGUCUGGACAUUUUUCAAUUAAUAGACAAUUUUAUCAAAAAUAAAAAUAAGGAUCAAAGUUUGCAGACAACUCCACAUAUUAAUAAUGAUAUUGAAACAAAAACGAAAACUAUCUCAAAAUCAUCAAAUUUGUCACAAUUUAAUAUAACUAAUUUUAAAACAAAAUCGAAUUCAGAAGUAUUUGAUAAGACUGUUAAUCAGCAAUGUAGCAAUUGUGAAACAAUACUAGAUCCCAAUUUGACAUCUAAUAAUGGAGAUGAAUCAUUUUAUUUAGAUAUUUCAAAAUUAAAAAAUGGUGAUAAUUCUGUUUUAAAAUUACUGGAAAAAUCUAUUGAACCAGUAGACGAAACUUCUUUUGUAUCAUCUAUUUUAAAUAGCGGAAAAGUUAUUCAGUUGACUGAAGCUGGUAUACUUGCUUUAGAAUACACAAAAAACGAAAUAAAUACUCCAAUUCCUGAUCGUCUUGUUCAAAGUUUCUUGAACACAUCUCAACAGUAUAAUGAUAAUGAAAAUCAUCUUGACAAUGGAAGUAUUGAAAAAGAUACUGAAUCAGGUUCAAUAACACUUUCCAGAGGAUUAAAACGGCUGAAAAGUCCACAACCCUGCUCCAAAAGAUUUAAAUAUACCGAAAGUACUAAAAUUACAGAGUUUGAAAGUUUAUUGGACCAAUUGAGUUCUAAGUUUACUAAAACUGUACCCAGAGUUUAUAAUUCAAAUUCCUAUUGUCCGCAAAGUUCGUCAACUACAGAAAGUAGUACAAUGAGAAAUAACGAAGUUUGCAAAAAUCAAUUAGUAUGUGUAAACUCUGAUAUUAAUGCACAACCCAAAUGGGUAGAUGAUCUGAUGUGUUUAUUGCAUAAAUUAGGCAAUUCGGACAUAGUGGAAAAUAAACCAAUUGAUCUACCCUGAUGGACAUUGUCAUUUCUUAAUAGCAUCUAACUAAUUAGUUUGUACCAUUUAUGUCAUUCCUACUUGUGCCAAUAAGCAAAAUACAUUUUUUGCAUCUAACAACUUAUGUAGUAUACAUUUUGUAAAUAAACGGUCACAUUUCUACAGAGUAA